AUUGGGAAGCUAUUGCAGAUUGGGCACCGAAUGAAUUACUCUUCCAACCAAGCUUACCUAGUGUAUCAAAUCUUUCACUUGAAGAUAAUAAAGUUCAAGGCCCUAAGCGACGUGGAAGGGGAACAUUCUCGUAUAAGCAGGACAAACUUUAUAGUGAUAGGCAAUCUUAUAUGUCAUUUUCUGGCGAUAAAGAGGAUGACAAUUUGUGCAAAAGUGAGCAAAUGAAUACAAAAUCAAUACAUUCUAAAUAUGGUACACGUCAUAUUCUUGUUCUCGCCGACUUUCCUCCGAGUACAAGGACAAUAGAGCUUGAGAAGCUUUUCCAGGACUACACAGAUCAUGGAGUUGUCAUUCGCUGGGUCAAUGAUACAGUGGCACUUGCGGUUUUCCAAACACCAUCAAUUGCUCUUGAGGCGCAGAAUCAUGUUCAGUGUCCAUUUACAGUGCGUAUUCUUGAUGAGGAUGAUAUCCUUCUGGGUUCAAUCCCAGCUAGAGGGCUGCACAGAACUUGUCGAUUAUCAUGUAACAGUUUGACUGGGACCACAUGGAACAAGAUUCUGCUACGUACUGGUCAUAUUAAAAAUAUGGAACCUCCUCGUCGAAGGCCACAAACGUCAACAAGAACUGCCCAGCGGUUGAUUGCACAAGGAAUGGGAAUGAAGUUACCUUCUAGAGCUUUUGGUUCUAUUGAGUUGAAGAAUCAGGAAGAGGCAAGAAAGAAUCGCAUCAUUACAAGACAAAAAAUGAUUGAGGAUGCUUGGGGUGAUGAUGAAAAAUAAGAGAAUUUCUCAUGUCACCUGGAAAAUAAUUAUAAUCAUCAUUCUUCACACUUACUCUUCCUUUGCACACAAGCAUACGACGUUACUUCUCAUGUGCAAUGAGAUAUGCAAAAUUUAAUAUAAAGCUUAUACUUUUUCAUAUUAUGGUAUGGUAAAAAUUUUAUUCCUGGAAAGUCUAACUUUCUGUUUACAUCAGACUUUCUCCUUUGCUUGUUUUACUGAUUUACUUGUGCAGUUAACUCCCUUGAUGCUAAUGGAAUGUAAGAGGAUCUACUACCAAUUUUUCGACCGAACAGAGACUCUUUGGUCGAUUGAAAAGAACUGUUUUGAGCUCUUAAUACACACUUUGGUCAUUACCGGUUGUAUACCUGCUGCAUAUUAUUAUAUAUAUGAAUAUAUGAACUUGUUUUGCAAGAUAAUAUGGUUUGUGAAUGUUAAUGGAAGUGUGUGAUUUCACAAA